AUGAGUGUUGUGCUACUCUCGUUGGUGAAGCAGCGACUCACUGCGGCUGCUGAAGACAUCUUUGUUCUGUUUGAAAGAACGAUAGCAGAGUACGAGGAGGACGAGAGACACCGGAAACUACUGGACGCUGUUUUACAGCCUCAGCUUCAGAUCCACAGAGCAGACGUCCAGCAGCUGGUGGUGGUUAAAGAAGAGGUUCCCCCUGAGCAGCAGGAGUGGAGCUCCAGUCUGGACCAGGAGGACCCAGAGCCCCCCCCACACAUUAAAGAGGAACAGGAGGAACUCUGGAUCAGUCAGGAGGGAGAGCAGCUUCAAGGGCUGGAGGAGGCUGAUAUCACCAAGUCCACAUUCACUCCUGUCCCUGUGAAGAGUGAAGAUGAUGAAGAGAAACCUCAGUCCUCUCAGCUUCAUCAAAGACAAACUGAACACCUGGAAACAGAAGCUGAUGGAGAGGACUGUGGAGGACCAGAACCAGCCAGGAACUCAGAUCCAGAGAGACAUUUACAACCAGAGACUGAGGACAACCCUGGAGACUCUUCUGAACCUGACACUGAAGACAGUGCUGAUUGGAAGGAGACCAGAGAACCAGGUUCAAACUCUCAGAGAAAUAAACAAGACCCUGUCAGUGAUUCAAGGCGUAGUGCAGGAGAGAAACCAUUCAGCUGCUCAGUCUGUAAGAAAUCUUUUACACAGAGAGGACAUUUCCAACGACACAUAAGAAACCACACAGGAGAGAAACCAUACAGCUGCUCAUUUUGUAAGAAAUAUUUUACACAGAGUGGAGAUUUAAAGGGCCACAUGAGAAACCACACAGGAGAGAAACCAUUCAGCUGCAUAAUUUGUGAGAAAUCUUUUGCAGAUACGGGAGAUUUAAAGAGACACAUGAGAGUCCACACAGGAGAGAAACCAUUCAGCUGCAGUGUUUGUGACAAAAUAUUCACCUGGAGUCAUCAGGUCAAAAGCCAUAAGUGUGUUGGUCGUCAGCCUCCAGCCAGCAGCUCAGCUGAACACUUGGAAACAGAAGCUGAUGGAGAGGACUGUGGAGGACCAGAACCAGCCAGGAACUCAGAUCCAGAGAGACAUUUACAACCAGAGACUGAGGACAACCCUGGAGACUCUUCUGAACCUGACAUUUUCCAAGUCAAAUCUGCAUGUGCAACAAAAAAAGAGGACAAUUAAUUAGUCCUACGACAAUUCACAUGAGAAAAAUCUGUCUGACUUUAUAAAGUCUGUUUGACAAUAUUCAUACAUGACUUCAUAUAAACUCCAUCUUUAUCAACAGAAGUUUUGAAUAUGUUUAAUGUUUUUGUCAUACUACUUUUCUGAUUUAUACUAUAACCACUGACUGAUUCAUCUGCAGAGUAGUUUCUCUAAUAAUCUGUUUGGUUAAUGAAAUGUUGUGACUUGAAACUUCCAUUGGGAUGUGUUUGAUAGUUCCAGUUGAGUUAUCAGUCUGUUCUGGUCUAAAAGAAGAACCAAUGACUUAUUGAUAUAGAGAAUAUUUACGAUGUUUCCAGUUUGAUUCUGUUCUGUUUAUAUCAUCAAACCAAA